AUGCCGAAAAGUGAACCACUGAACUCCGUUCAAAGCUGCAAUGAUGUUGCAUCUAUCAAGUCCAAUGGUUCAGCUUCGUCUCUGCCGUUCUUUGGCAAGAAACGGUUUGGUCUAGGAAAGUUGCUGCGCGGAAAUAGCCAUUCUUCCAAUAAUGAAUCAGGUAGGGAGAUUCUGGGGUCUUUGUUGUCGCCACGUCACAGCAAUUCGAGCUCAAGGUCUCACGAGUCCAAUUCUCGAUCGCGGUCUGCGGCUUCUACGGUGGAUUGUUCUCAUGCGAAUCACAUAGAAGGCAACAAUUUGCAGAAUACGAAUAACUACAACAGCUCCGGCAAGUUUCGCUUAGGAAGUGCUGCGGCCUCUACACAAUCUUCACAAACGCGUCUGAUCGAGGCCACUCCUUCGCCCGGCUCACAUAUACAUCCAUCACAAGCAUUGCAACACGAGAUAGAGGAGAGACAAAAGCAUCCUUCACCCCCAAAGCUUGCUACUGAGAGGCCGAAGAAGAAGGCGUUACACCUGAAGCGAUUCUUCAAGAAGAUCCAUAGAGAAGACCAUCAACACCACAAGGACAAAAGCCCCUCAGCCAGCCUCCCUCCCCUCGCUGUGUUGUCUGAUAACACAUCUACAACGGCGAAAACCCUUUACGAAACUGAUAAUGCCCGGGAACUCAUAGAAAAAUACGGAACACCCGGAAAAUUGAUAGGCGAAGGGGCCUCAGGGUCGGUAUCUGUUGUAGAAUCAACAGAUGGCAAAAUGUAUGCCGUCAAAAGAUUCAGAGCAAGAGGAUCAAGGGAGUCUCAGAUUGGAUAUUCGAAAAAGGUGACAUCCGAAUUCUGCAUUGGAUCUACUCUGCAUCACUGUAACAUCAUUGAUACGCUGGAUAUGCUACAGGAAGGAUCAAAUUUCUUAGUUGUGAUGGAAUUCUGCCCGUACGAUUUCUUUACUUUGGUUAUGAGCAAUCUGAUGAGCAAGGCUGAGGUCGCUUGUUACUUUAGACAAAUUUGCAAUGGCGUCAAUUACUUGCAUGAAAUGGGCCUGGCUCACCGGGAUCUGAAACUCGACAAUUGUGUUGUUACCAAUCAAGGUAUUUUGAAGUUAAUUGAUUUUGGCAGCGCAGUUGUAUUUCAAUAUCCCUACGAAAAAGAAAUUUUGAAAGCGAAAGGAAUCGUGGGAUCAGAUCCGUACUUGGCACCAGAACUGCUCAUUCACCAGUAUUAUGAUCCGAGACCGGUGGACGUAUGGUCGAUUGCAAUUAUGUUUUAUUGCAUGUUCUUGAGGAGAUUUCCUUGGAAGGCUCCUCGGGACAAAUACCAAUCUUUCAGACUUUUCUCUGAAGAGCCAGAGGACGAAAAGGAUUUACAGAGGGGGCCAGCGCGGAUUUUGAAGUUGCUGCCUCGUCACUCAAGAAAUAUCAUAUCUAGAAUGCUGGAACUAGACCCAAAAAGGAGGGCGCUAAUGAGCGACGUCAUGACAGAUCGUUGGGUAGAGGAAAUCGAAUACUGUUCAUUGGAUACGGAAGGGGAGCUGGUAAAUAGCCCCCACUCACACAGCCAUCAUUUAGUCACAGAGGAUGAGUUGAAUGAAUUGAAUGAGAAGCAAUUAGAGCAAGAAAGGGCAGCUGGCCUGCAAAGUGGCGACGACGCUUCGUCUACGUUACCGGGUGUAACCCAGAAGUUAAAAGAGACAAAAGUUGCAUAG